AUGGACUACGUCACACAGCCGACACAACAAGCCACUCAAGCGACCCAGAAAUACAUUAUAGAGAAAUUCUCACAAGAACAAAUCGACGAUGACAUCGUGUGUCGAAUGAUCUGUACCAGCGGUCAUAUACCGAUUCGUGAUCUCAAAGCUGAACUUCGCGAUGUUCUUCGCAAGCAUGAAGGGAUAAAGAAAGCUUGGUCAUUUGGCAGAAACCCUCAAUGCGAUUACCAUCUUGGAAACACGUCGCGCUUUUCUAAUAGACACUUCCAGAUAUUACUGGGUGAGGACGGGAACCUUUUACUCAAAGAUACCUCGACCAAUGGAACCUGGCUGAAUGGCGAACGAAUCGAGAAAGAGAGAAAUCAGCUGUUAUCUCAAGGCGACGAGAUCACCGUUGGGAAAGGUGUGCCGGAGGAUGUGGUGAGCUUAGUGGUAUUCAUCAACGAUAAAUUCAAACAGAGACUAGAACUGGCCAAACUCCAAGGACUGAAACCUCCAAAAGGCAAAAAUUCCAAGACUGCAUCUCCCAAUGCUAAUUUGACCGGAAUACACAAGGACUACUCAAUCAAGGACGAGGUUGUCGGUCAAGGUGCUUUUGCAACGGUUAAAAAGGCGGUAGAAAGAAGAACAGGCAAAACGUACGCGGUUAAGAUAAUCAAUAAGCGAAAAGUAGUGGGAAAUAUGGACGGUGUUACUCGAGAGUUGGAAAUUCUGCGACGUUUAGAUCACCCACGAAUAGUGCGUUUAAAGGGUUUUUAUGAGGACAGGGACAAUUAUUAUUUGGUUAUGGAGUUUGUCUCUGGUGGAGAUCUUAUGGACUUCGUGGCCGCCCACGGGUCUGUCGGAGAAGAUGCAGGCCGUGAAAUUACUCGACAGGUUCUCGAGGCCGUCAAGUAUAUUCAUGCGAUGGGUAUCAGUCAUAGAGAUUUGAAACCUGACAACAUCCUUAUAGAGCAGGACGACCCAGUGCUUGUGAAGAUCACAGAUUUUGGACUGGCUAAGAUACAGGGCAACGGCACUUUUAUGAAAACUUUUUGUGGGACCUUGGCGUACGUUGCGCCAGAGGUGAUUAGUGGAAAGAACUCCGAGGAGAAAGAGGGCAACAAAUACUCGUCCAUGGUCGACAUGUGGUCCAUUGGAUGUCUUGUAUACGUAAUAUUAACGGGACAUCUGCCGUUUAGUGGUAGCACGCAAAAUGAGCUCUACAAACAGAUUAGCGCUGGAUCGUAUCACGAAGGACCGCUCAAAGACUACAGGAUCUCGGACAAGGCCAGGGAAUUUAUAGAGGCUUUUCUACAGGUCAAUCCCAGCGAACGGAUGACAGCCGAACAAGCGCUUCAGCAUCCGUGGAUUAAAUCAAUGGAAACGUUCAGCGUACUCGACUCACAGAUUAGCUUAUCGCAAUCAAUGGGUCAACCAAGAGCAGGAGAGAGCGUUAGUGACGCUCAGCAGCAGUUCUUGAACAUAAGAGCUUUAGAAGAACAGAAAAGACUACUGGAGCAAGAGGAGUUUGCAAGCCAAGCUCCCGAAAGGGAGGACAAAAUGGCUGCACCCUCGCAGAAACCUGUUUUCAAGAUACCUGUGCGAGCGCCAGUGAGACUAACGCAAUCGUGCGUGCCAGAUAAUUCACAGCCUGACAGUCUUAAACAAGUGCGAACCGCGAACUUUGAUGCGAAUUACUCAAUUUCGUCGAGUUACGAGGAAUCGCAGCCAGGGCGAAUCCCACACACAAAGUUCGACCCGAGCCAAAUACAAGAAGACGCGGCACACGAGGUGUGCAUCAAUGCCGACGCUGCGCCUUUUGCUGGCGGCAAGUUCAUCACACUGCGAUCGACAGCGAACAGCUCCAUCAAAGGCGUGAUCGACAUCAAACAGGGUGUGAACCCGUUUUUCAUUGGUAGGUCUCAAGAUUGCAACUGCAAGAUAGAUGAUAAUCGGCUGUCGCGCGUGCACUGUUUCAUUCUGAAAAAACGGCAUCCGAUCGGUGACAGCAUAUACGAGUCUCCAGCGCAGGGCCUAGAGGAUUUGUGGUACUGCCACGCCGGUACCAACCUAAGUUACCUGAACGACGUGCGACUCACACAGGGUACCAAGGCUCUGCUGCACGAAGGCGACGAGAUCAAGGUUAUAUCUGACCGCGCGAACAAUUUUGUCAUUUCUUUCGUCGUCGAGAUCAACGACGCGACAGGGCUGUUCAACCACGGCAAGCCUUUUGCAGGUGAGCAGCGGAAAGUCGAAGCACAAUCUGCCGACGAGGUGCACUUAUCCAAGAGGCUGGGAUCACUGAAAGACAGUCAGCUCGGUCCCAAACGCGCACUAUCCAUUGUCUCUGGGAGCCAGGACUCCGCCAAGAGAGCCAAGCGAGCCAAACUCGACAAGGCUGACAAGAAUACCAAUCAUCUACAGUUUUCGUGA